UGCAAAUUUUCAAUUAAUUUGGGAAGAUGUGACUGGCAAUUGACACCAAGGAUUUAAAUUGAGAAGUUAUAUCAAAACAUUCAUGUUCUGUUUGCUUAAUUAUUAAGCAUUCAUCAUGAAUCCCAUGUCCCAUCUCUACUACAAAAAGAGCAGCUACUCUCCGUACCGGGACAGAAUCCCUCUUCAGAUAGUCCGGGCGGAAUUAGAGCUUUCGCCAGAGGAGCGUUCUUUCCUUUCAGCUGUGGAAAAGGGCGACUACGCGGGGGUCCAACAUGCACUGCGUGAGGCUGAGGUGUAUUACAAUAUUGAUGUAAACUGUGUGGAUCCAUUAGGCCGCAGUGCGCUACUAAUAGCGAUCGAGAAUGAGAACCUUGAGGUGAUGGAACUUCUUUUGGAUCAUGGGGUGAACACUGGAGACGCUUUGCUCUACGCCAUCCGCAAAGAAGUGGUGGGAGCCGUGGAGUUACUGCUGUCCCACAGGAAACCCAGUGGAGAGAAACAGGUUCCAUCAUUAAUGAUAGACACCCAGUUUUCAGAAUUCACGCCCGACAUCACACCCAUCAUGCUCGCCGCCCACACGAACAACUAUGAGAUCAUCAAACUCCUGGUCCAACGCAAAGUCACAAUCCCUCGGCCGCAUCAAAUCCGCUGUGACUGUGUGGAGUGUGUGUCCAGCUCAGAGGUGGACAGCUUGCGUCACUCUCGUUCUCGCCUCAACAUCUAUAAAGCACUCGCCAGCCCCUCUCUCAUCGCCCUCUCUAGCGAGGAUCCCAUCCUCACUGCCUUCAGACUGGGCUGGGAGCUCAAGGAGCUCAGUAAGGUGGAGAACGAGUUUCGGCAAGAAUACGAGGAGCUUUCUCAACAGUGCAAGCUCUUUGCUAAAGACCUGCUGGACCAGGCACGUAGCUCCCGCGAGCUGGAGACCAUCCUCAAUCACCGUGAUGACCAAAGCGAGGAGCUGGACCCACGAGAGUGCAGAGACCUGGCCAAACUCAAACUGGCCAUUAAAUACCACCAGAAAGAGUUUGUGGCUCAGCCAAACUGUCAGCAGCUCUUGGCCACACUGUGGUAUGACGGCUUUCCUGGCUGGCGGCGGCGCCACUGGGCGGUAAAGCUGGUCAUGUGUUUCAUUAUCGGCCUGCUCUUUCCAGUCUUCUCGCUGGUCUACCUGCUGGCUCCAAAAAGCACGCUGGGACUGUUUAUCAAAAAACCCUUCAUCAAAUUUAUCUGCCACACGGCCUCUUACCUCACCUUCCUCUUCCUCCUCCUCCUAGCCUCGCAGCACAUAGCACGCACCAACCUACACAUACAGGGCCCUCCACCCACUGUGGUGGAGUGGAUGAUACUACCUUGGGUGCUGGGCUUCAUCUGGGCUGAAAUUAAGGAGAUGUGGGUUGGGGGUUUUAAUGAGUACGUCCAUGACUGGUGGAACCUGAUGGACUUUGCUAUGAAUUCUCUCUAUUUGGCAACCAUAUCACUUAAGAUUGUCGCUUAUGUCAAGUACAAUAGUUCUCGUCCUCGGGAGGAAUGGGAGAUGUGGCAUCCAACGCUGAUUGCCGAGGCUUUGUUUGCCAUCGCUAACAUCUUUAGCUCGCUGCGGCUCAUUUCCCUCUUCACGGCAAACUCUCACCUGGGCCCUCUGCAGAUCUCUCUGGGCCGCAUGCUGCUCGACAUCCUCAAGUUCCUGUUCAUUUAUUGUCUGGUGCUGCUGGCCUUUGCCAAUGGACUCAACCAGCUUUACUUUUACUAUGAAACCGAGGCUGCAGACGAACCCAACCACUGCAAGGGGAUCCGUUGCGAGAAACAGAACAAUGCGUUCUCUACGUUAUUUGAGACUCUUCAGUCUCUGUUCUGGUCGAUAUUCGGCCUCCUGAAUCUGUAUGUAACCAACGUAAAGGCUCGGCACGAGUUCACAGAAUUUGUCGGUGCAACAAUGUUCGGCACCUACAAUGUCAUCUCACUGGUGGUUCUGCUCAACAUGCUCAUCGCCAUGAUGAACAACUCUUACCAGCUCAUUGCUGACCAUGCUGAUAUCGAGUGGAAGUUUGCUCGGACGAAGCUGUGGAUGAGUUACUUUGAAGAGGGAGGGACACUCCCCCCACCAUUCAACGUCAUCCCCAGUCCAAAAUCAUUCUGGUACCUUUGUCGAUGGGUACAUGAGCGGCUCUGCAGGUCAGAGGCUGCUCCGCCUGAAGACCCCCACAAACACGAGAAUCUGAAAGAGUUUACGGAAAAACAUGCUGACAGGCUGAUACAGAAUCAGCAUUAUCAGGAGGUGAUUCGUAGUCUAGUGAAGAGGUACGUGGCAUCCAUGAUCCGCAGUGCUAAGACCAACGAAGGGCUGACGGAGGAGAACUUUAAGGAGCUGAAACAGGACAUCUCCAGCUUCCGCUACGAAGUCUUGGACCUUCUUGGUAACAGAAAGCCACCCCGGCGCAACUAUUCGUCCAGCAGCGAUGUCACACUUCGAGAUGAGGUCAGCGAUGACGGCGAGGCAUCGAGCAUCAACUGUCACCACAGCGAUGGGAGCAGCAUCGGGGCCAAGGGCGUGUCUUUCAAAAAUAUCACACCUUCGGAUCCAUUGUAUGGAGUCUCUGCCCUCUUUCGGUCUAUCUCUGGAAUGGAGGUUGCUACAGCAACGACAGCAUCGUCCGCGAACAGGGAGGGUAAACCAAAGAUCAAUGGACUGAGGAAGAACACCUCACCCUCCUCUUCCCUGUCCUCCGUGGCUCCAGCAAGACCUGCACUCUCACGGACCUGGAGGCGUUUUUCACGCUUCUCGAGUGCCAAGAAGAACUCCUUUAGACGGCUCAGACUGCUUUUUUCACGCAUGGGCAGUCAUCUUCCCCAACCUGCAGGUGUAACUGCUGCAACCUACACUAUCUCAGAUGGAUUGCUUCACCCGCCGGGGGCUUGGCGUGACUUGGGCUUCACCAGGGGUGACGGUCCAGUCACCCGCAGCGAGACCAACCUUAAUCAGGUGGAUGUGUCUGGUUUGAAUGAAGGCGAAAGUGUUGCCAUGUCAACUAAUGGACAGAGAGCUAAUAGUAGGCACGUUUUGCUGACAUUAGGACCUCUGUCCCCUCCCACUUCCCUGCAUUGUGCUUCCAGUUUCUCCGCCUCCAGUUCCCGCCUCUUGGAUUCAAGUGAGGAUGUUUUCCAGGGAUUGGUUGGGCCUUGUGACAGACAAAAACAAGACUCCUCCCACUGGGUAACAGAACAGGACAAUUCGGUGACCACACAGCUAUAGUGAUGCUAGUAUGUACUGUACAGCACUUUCGUAAUAACAAUAAUCAGUGAUGAUGAUAUCAAUAACUAUUACCUUACCAACAACAACCAAUUCUUUUGUUUAUUGCAUUUAGUUUGCUGCUACAAUAUUUGUAAUUUCUCUCUGAGAUUUAACCAAAUCAAAAAUCAUUCACAAGAAAGAUGGGACGAGUCAAUGAAAUGAUGGACAAUAGAUAAAGAUAAUAAGGGACAGAAAAAUGCAGAACAAAGGAACUGCAGGCCAGGUCACAUUGUUGUGUCACAAUGUCAAAAAGUUAUAUCAGUCAUUUAAAGGUGCACUCAGUAAUUUUGUCCUCAUUAAAAAUGUUUAACUCCUAAAGACAUGAAUUGUAAUUGUACAAUAUAUGUAGGAAAUCAUGACCACUCACAUUAAAAUAAAGACGCCAGUCAUAUCAGUAAUCUUAUAAAAGCAUUUUUAUUCUACAUGGAGAGGGUCCGCACAUGGGGGCUGCCAUGUUAGAAUUACAUGACCAGCCAAAUACUACUCUUAAUCUCAGUAACCAUCCUGUUAUUUGAUACUUUCACUCAUUGAUUAAAGUAUUCAUGGCUGACUAUGAAUACUAAAUUUCUACAAUGGCAUCUAAAACUAAAAACUAUUGAUUUUAAAUUAUGCUGCAUCCAAGCCGCUUGGUGUCAGUGUAGGUCCAAGAUGACACAAAGACAAAAGUUACUGAGUGCACCUUUAAAGUCAGCAUGAAGUGAAAAUUGACUCAAUUUACUUACCUAGUACACGUCCUUGGUCUUUUGUGUACUGUAAGAUUCAUCGGUGCAUGUUAUUCCAAAGAGAAAAAAAAAUUCAUCAAAAUGUAAUAACUUGGCAUCUUGUUAAUGACUUUCCUUUUUGGCUGACGUCAUCUGGCAUGCACGGACAGGGAAAAAUUGUAAUACUAUAUUUAAUGGUUAACAUUAAUGGUUAAUGCAAUAAUAGUAAAUAACAAUAGAUUUUAAAAAGAAAUGCUCUUAAACUUGACUUUUGGCCUCCAUGUCCUGGUCAAAAAGUCUCCUCAAAGAGUGCAAAAAUUAAAUAAGGGGAGUAGUCCUCCUUUAUCAACCACAAACUUGGCUCCAUUCUGUUGAGGACAGCCCACUUUUAACGAUCCAGUCAAUUCCCACUUGAUAAAAUCAAGCCCCUCCCUACAUAGUUUUCAUCAUUCAAUAUCAAUUACAAAUGUAAAUUAGGUUACAAAUGCUGGUCAUGUUGACUUUAUAUACCAAUCAAUUCAUGCAAUUCACGAGUCACGGCUAAUUCAAAAUACAAAAUAACUACAUUCUCUUUGUAUGGAAGCAUUUCCAGUUUAUAAAUUAAAGGUGCACUCAGUAAUUUUUUUCCUAAUUUAAAAAGUUAUACUUCUAAAGAAAUGAAUAGUAAUUUUGAAACAUAUGUAUAAAAUCAUGAACACUCAUGUAAGAUGAAAAGUUCAGUCAUAUCAGUAACCUUAUAAAGCUCUUUUAAUCUACAUGGAACAGGGGCGCAUCAUGGGGGCAGUCAUGUUAGCAUCACAUGACCAGCUGAAACUACUCACUCAAUCUCAGAAACUGCUCUGUUAUUGGACUCUUUCAUUCAUGGAUUAAAUUAAUCCUCUGCAUUGUGAAUUUCUAAAAUGGCAUUGGUAACUGAAAACUACUAUGUUUGAGUGAUGCAGCAUCCAGGCCACUAGGUGUCAGUGUAAGCCAAUGUAAGCCACUUCGACAUGCUUCAAAAAAGUACUGAGUGCACCUUUAAGUAUUUCAUUUAGAGAAAGUUCUAAUUGGAAAGUGUGGUGACAAAGAAACAUAUCAAAUAUGGACCUACAGUGUAUGUUGAAGGAUAUAAUACUCACACAUCUCCUGGUGGAACAGUUUGGAUUUUUUCUGCAGUACUUACGAGCUGUUGGCAUCGGCUCAUCUGGUGUGGUUUUUCACUUUAGAUCUAUGGAAUGUGCACAUCAUAGUCUGACAUUACUUGUGUUAUGCACCCGGAGGGCUGAAGUUAUGCUAGAAUCUAACAUGACUGAAAUCUUAUUUUUGUAUUUUGAAUAGCAUGUACAAAUUAUUUAAGACUGUUUUAGUCUAGACAGACAUUAUUUAUACACUAUACUGUUAUUAUGUUUUUGGAGCUGUCUUUUUUCUUCUUUUGACUGCUUACUUUUUACUGUAUGUGAAUAUUUAUUAGUAUAUUAUAAUAAUCAGGUACAGGGGAGAUGUCCACGGACAUGCAUUGAAUAAGACAUCCCCCUAUUGUGUGAUGAUGAAUGCCGAUAAACCAUAUACAGUGACUCACAAAAGUAUUCAGACAUUUAACCAACGUACAUCUGUUUACUAAACUACAAAUACUACAUUGGAAAUUAGUUCUCCAUAAUAUUUGUAUUUACCAGUGCUGGGUAGAACAUGUAAUCUUGAUUACGUAAUCAGAUUGCAAAAUAUGACUACUUGUGAUUGGAUUACAUUACUUUUUAAUAACAUGUGUAAUCUGAUUAGUUAUAUUUUUGUGGAUUACAUGAUUACAUUCUUGAUUACAUCACCAAUCAGCCAAAGGCAAUAACUAGUGCGUAAUUUACUGAUUAUGCUCAUAAAUGUUAAAAGAGCGGUCUGAGCCAAAGCCUAAAAUAAGUGUGUUAUAGGCCUAGCCAGGUAGCACUACACUGAAGACAGUGCUGUCCUGUUCCUCAGCCAUGUAUAUAAAUAACUUCUCUCAAAGAGAGACAGUGCAAAAUAAUUGAGCAAUGCAAUAUUUGCCUUAAAAAAAAAUUAUAUUUAUUGAAAAAGAUUGUGGAAGUUCUGUAUAUGUUCUCUAUCUGUAUAUGUAUAUUAUCUAAAUAUAAAGUAUUUUAAUAAUUAUUCUAUGUAUCUAGCCAUGUGUGCAUGUAGCUACCAAAAUUGAUACACUGCAUUAAAAGCACUUAAUAAAAUCCACAAAUUCACACAGGGCAUUUGGUUUCUGUUUUAAAUUAAGUUUCUAAACUAAUACACAAAUAAAUGCAGAGCUAUGUGUAUUUGCACCCUGCUUUGAAAUAAUGUUUCAAGUGUUUCAAACAAGUCACUGUCUACAUACAUGUCCAUAAUUCUAGAUACUCUAUUGUAAGAACAUGUUGCAAAUAAACAUUUUAAAAAUUUCAGUCACAUGCAGCUUUGUGCUUUUGCAUCAUGCAAAUACUUUUUGGCCCAUGCUUCAGGAUGGCAGAAAAAGUGCCUGUCAUAAGCCACAUCUUCUUAUGUAUAAUUAUAAGGAGGUACAAAUCGAACAUCCCACAUCAUACUUUAUCAAGAGACAUUCUCUCAUUAUACAAGCUUGUUCUCAUUGUCUUCUAUCUUAGGCAACAUAGAGUUAGUUUAAAAAAAAUAAUGAUUUGAUUUUUAUCAAAACAUGCAAUGAGAAAUCCAAAUGUAAUCCAAAAAGUAAUCAGGUUAGAAAACCUACAAAGUGUAAUUAGUAAUGUAUUUGUAAUCCAUUUGUAAUCAGUACCAGAUAAUAUUUCAGAAGUAAUCUACCUAGCACUGGUAUUGACAAGCUCUAAACCCCAAAAUUACUUUAGUUUGGCAUUGUUUUAAGUUUAAAAUAAAAAACUGACAGAGCUGUGGUCUAUAGUGCAUGUGUUCUGACACAGAUUUUUGUUCACAAUUUGUUGUCCUCUGAACCCAAAGUGGAAAAAAAUAAAUAAAAAUUAAUUAAAAAGUAAAAUAUUUGCAUUAGUAUUCAGUUUGGAAUGGAAAUUAUAUUUAUAUUAUAUUUAUAAAUACAGUACACAUAUAUUAUAUACACUAUGUUUAUGUAUAUACAAAUAACAUGAACAAUUUAAUUAAUGGAAUGGCUCAAAGCUCUGAUCUCAACCAGCUGUGAAUCUGUGGCAGUUUUUAACAAUAUAAAUCUGACUUACCUGAAUGACCUGGUACUUAAAGGUGUAUUCAGUAAUUUUUUUCCUCAUUAAAAAAGUUUAACUCUUAAAGAUGUGAAUUGUAAUUUUGCAAUAUAUGUAGGAAAUCAUGACCACUCACAUUAAAAUGAAGACUCCAGUCAUAUCAGUAACCUUAUAAAAGCUGCUUUAUUUUACAUUGAGAGGGUCUGCACAUGGGGGCUGCCACGUUAAAAUCACAUGACCAGCUGAAUACUACUCAAUCUCAGUAACCGUCCUGUUAUUUGACACUUUCACUCUCAUUAAUUAAAGUAAUCAUGUCUGACUGUGAAUAAAACAUUUCUACAAUGGCAUCUGAAACUGAAAACUAUUGAUUUGAAAUACAAUUAUCACAAAGGACUAAAUUGCAUUGUAGGAAUGUGUAAUUCAGUAAAAUGAGAGCAUUGGUUAAGGUCUGAUGACAUUUGGCGAGGCGCUGUAAAUGCUUAUGUAAACACUUGAAUGAAAUGCUCCUCUUGUAUGAUUCUUACCAGUUUCUACUUUUCCUUGAAAACAUGUGAACAUAUGACUAAGAUAAGUAGUUCUGAGAGCCAGAAACUGAACUCAAGGGAAUGUCGAAUAUGCAGAUUCAAUAAAGCAAA